AGACGCUGUACUGUAGUGACUCGUAAUAUGAUCUCAUAAUUUGCACAUUGUGUGUGUUUUCUCUCAAUUGCGACAACAUGGGUUGCGGUAGGAGCGGAACAGUCUCGGUAUGGGUGACUUUACUCCUAACAGCGGCUCUUCAUCCCAUGGCCAGCACUUCACACAUUAAGAGAUCGAGACAUCACAGAGAUUCAGUGACAUCUGAUAGCCCCCAAACGACACAUAUCACAUUACUGGAAACAAAUCCCUGCCUGGUGCACUAUUGUAUGAAAGGAAGAGAAUGCGUCGUCGAAAAUGGCGAAGCGACGUGUGUCUGUCAGAAGCAAUGUGCCGUGCAUCGGAGGUUGGUUUGUGGCUCCGAUGGCCACGUUUACCCCAACCACUGCGAAUUACACAGAGCUUCCUGCAUGACCGCCACUGAUAUUACCGUAGAAAGAGGAGUGCACUGCAUCAAACACGGAAAGGGUUGGGCCCCAUCGGUGCAGCACACGAACUUAUAUUUCAAUCAGUUCGCCACUGCGGUCCCGGAACAGGAAACCCAUGAUGCCACAACGGGAACUUACACACAAAGCAUUCCGGAGGCUGUGCAAGUCACACCAACUAAAGAUGCCAACUUCCUUUUAACAUCUGACGUGCCACCUUCCCCGACAAGGAUGGAAGAAACAAACUACAUGGAAAAUGAGAUUGACUACGGGAGAGAAAAGGGAGAUGGGGUGCUUUACGACAAAGAAGACUGCUCUAUGCAGGAGUACGAAAUAAUGAAAGAUAAUUUAUUGUUGUACAACCAUGCCAGGCUGAUGUCACAGGACAACCAUAGCAAAGAUUACUUGGUUUCCAUUAUGUUCUCCCAUUAUGACAGCAACAACAAUGGUAACCUGGAGGCGACCGAAUUAAACGAGAUCACGGCUCAGGAGCGUCUGGAUAGUUUAAGCUCCGGCUGUUCCCUUUCAAAUAUGAUCCAAUACGACGAUACCGACCACGACGGUAAAUUGAGCAUAAACGAAUUCUACGUGGCUUUUAGCAAAUUGUACAGUGUGUCGGUCGUUUCUCUGGAUAAGGCGCUGGAAACGAACCGUUUGAGUGCCCGAGUGGGCGAUAACGUGGAAAUCAAGUGUGACGUUACCGGCUCACCUGUUCCACCGAUCGUCUGGAGAAGGAAUCAGUUGGACUUGUCCACUUUAAACGAAGAAGAAAUACGAGUGUUCAGCGACGGCAGUCUUUAUUUAACUAGAAUACAACUCCAGCAUGCCGGAAAUUACACCUGCCAUGCUCAAAGGAACAAAGACGUUGUUCAGACGCACAUCCUUACUGUUCAUACUGUGCCAGAAGUACAUGUCACGCCCCGGAUCCAAUCGAAAAGGCCCGGAGAGGACGCGACGAUGCUGUGCCAUGUGGCGGGGGAGCCCUUUCCUAAGGUAGAGUGGCUGAAAAAUGACGAAACCCUCCGAUUAGAAAAUCCCCGAAAAUACCAAGUAGUCGGAAACGGAACCGCUCUGAAAAUAAGAAACAUAGCUUUCGCUGAUACGGGGGCUUACAUGUGCCAAGCCACUAAUAUAGGUGGAUUAACGAGAGACAUAAGCUCUUUAGUCGUCCAAGAGCAGCCCACACCUACUUCGCCUAACGAAGAGCGGCGGUUUUUUGCCUUCCACGACUGGGGAGUGUCGGUGUAUGAGCCAUCCACUUGUCGACUCUACCACAGAAUUCAAUCUACAGACAUCAUUCCAGGCACUCAGGAAUACGUGUGUGGCGAUAAAGGAGUAAAAUGCUCCUGGGGACGAGCCAUAAACGUUGCCAACCGAUAUGUCUACGCCAGCCAACCGGAGAGAGACAGAGUAAUAAUCAUUUCAAAAGUACAAAUGGUGGUAGUAGAUGUUGUUAGCACUGACAAAUAUCCCGUAGAACUCUUCCAUGUUCCUCAUUUAGACCAAGUGUGGAUACUUAACUGGAGAUCAACGAACAAUACCGGAAUAAAAACCAUUCAGGUGAUCAGAGAUGCAGGGCAAAAAAGAAAACACCACACAGUGCAUCCCGAAUCAAUCGAUGGGCAUUUUGAUCUAGUAAAAGGACUUUUCAUACCGUCUCCAGACCAAGAGCUUUCGCAUUAUAGCUUCAAAUACGGAUACGCAACACAUACCAAUCAAAGAGGUCUUUAUAAACUAGAUCUCGUUAAUUUAAGAUAUACCAGAUCAGUGGAUUUAACGCCUUACAACUGCGUUCCAGCUCAAAUCCAAUUUUCGGCGUUAUACGGUUUAGUAAUAAUGCAAUGUCUUGAACCCGUCACUAGCAGACCCACCGGUCAAUUGAUUUUGGAUUAUCUGACAGAUACGGUUAUUGGAACAAAACCAAAUUUGCCUGGAAUCCCAUUCAUAUCUCCCGAUUCUAGGAAACUCGUUACACUAGAUCGUACAAAGAGCGGAGCCACUCUUAUCGUACAAGAGAUAACAGAAAACGGUUUAGUUUUUUCCUUUGAUGUGAAAACAACGCUGAAUAUAUCCGAUGUCACGUUCUAUCCUAGUCAAACAACUCACAGUUAUGAUAUUUACGCAAGUGCCCAAGACAAGGAAGAUAUUCUAUUCCUCAAUUUGUUAACAGGAAAAGUGGAGAUUAUAACGGGAGUCGGGAAAGCAAUUCCCAUGAAAUUAACCAAAUGGAACAAUCCCAACAGACCUAUCAGCGGAUCAGGUUUGUUUGGGCAAUACAUGGUGUCUCCCGCUAGUGAGGCGUUAUUCGUGAUAAACGGCCGGUCGCGAACAGUAAAUUGUGAAAUCGGUGCAGUGAACCAUCCGAGCUCCAUCGUCUGGACCACCCUCAAGCUCCAUUAGUGGUCCGCCAAACAAAUAUCAACUCGUUUCGUAUUACUUAAAAAUUAUACUUUUUAUACUAAUAUCAAAACCGCUGCGUGUCAAAACCAACACACGUGGCUUUGGCACGAAGAUAGAUUAGGAAAUAAUUGUUAAGAAUGUAUUGUCAGACCUGUUGUAGCCAAGUCUACGAUUAUCAAUAUCGAGAUCACUACAUCUGUCCAAUUUUUGGUGACUCUGAUUUUGGAACUGAAUAUUUUAAUAAUAAUGUUGUUUUAGUAAAUGUAGUCUUGUGAUAACUUGAAUCCCCACUAACAAAUCGUCCGUAAAAGAUGCCAUUUUAAGGAUGAUCUGUAGUGACACGACCGCCAACUGUAUUUCAUUCUCUACGCAUAGAUUACGCACACAAUAUUUUUUAAACUAGUUUUGAGAGAUGUUAAUGCAGCCAAUGUGGGAAUGUAAAUACACUUGGAUGGGAGUCUCGUGAUUGACUUGAUUCUUUUCGCUGAUCUUGAACCCUUCUUUCGACUACUUUGUUGUAGCUUAACAUUUCUGUAGAAUUUUCAUGUAGAACGUACUCUUGUUUCGGUUUUUGCUAGCUUGCUCUCUAUAUCUCGCCUUUAUAUAAGCUUCUAAAAAUGUUGUUUAUCGUAUCACAAAUGGGCUUAUUGUAAUAUAGGUAUUAUGGUACAAUAUUGUUUAUACAGAAAUAAACUGACAACAUUGA